GUUAUCGAGGAUGGUCACUGUGGUGAAGGGGAUAAGAAGGCUGAGGAGGAAGUUUAUCAUUGUCCAGUGUGUUUCAAAGAUUUUUUUUGCAAGUACGGGCUGGAGUCCCACAUGGAAACACAUCCAGAUAAUUCACUGAGGUGUGACAUCUGUUGUAUUACCUUUCGUACUCAUCGAGGCUUACUGCGCCAUAAUGCAGUUAUCCACAAGCAGCUUCCGAGAGAUCCCAUGGGAAAGCCUUUCAUUCAGAACAACCCUUCGAUUCCGGCAGGCUUCCAUGACUUGGGAUUCACGGACUUCUCCUGUAGGAAGUUCCCCCGCAUUUCUCAGGUCUGGUGUGAAACGAAUUUGCGAAGGUGCAUCAGUGACUUCCAUCGAUUUAUUUGUGAGAUGUGUAACAAGGCAUUCCCCAUGCUUUCAGCGCUCAAACUGCACGCAGAAACUCAUGUGGUGGAUCAGGGAAAAGACAAGCACAAACCACAGUCCACGACCCCACCCGGUGAGAACCCAGACCAGAAAGCCUUCAUGGCAUCCUUGGGCCUACAGUACACCAAAGACAUCAAGCCUGUCAGGCAGGAGGACAAUACACAAGAUGAGGUCCAAGAAAUGCGGCUCAGAGCACUGAAGAGUAACCUACCUCAGGAACCUGGCAGCACCGGUCUGCUCAGCCUCUCUCCUCUGGAAGCUGCCUCUAUGGGAGGGUCAUUUUCAGUCCUUCCUCCUACAAAAGAAAACAUAAAGCUUCUCUCGCUGCAGCCUUUCCAGAAGGGUUUUAUCAUCCAGCCUGACAGCAGUAUUGUGGUAAAACCCAUCUCCAAUGAGUCUGCCAUUGAGCUGGCAGACAUUCAGCAGAUCUUGAAGAUGGCUUCUUCCGCUCCUCCUCAAAUCAGUCUUCCUCCACUUUCUAAGGCACCUUCUGUCCCUGUGCAGUCCAUUUUCAAGCAUAUGCCGCCACUGAAGCCAAAGCCUUUGGUAACACCCCGAACAGUUGUCGCAACCUCUACACCUCCUCCUCUUAUCAGUGCCCAGCAAGCCUCCCCUGGCUGCAUCAGCCCAAGCCUCCCACCUCCCCCUCUGAGGCUGAUCAAGAACUCGGUGGAGCCCUCCUCCAACUCUCACCUCCCCCAGCCAGGAGCCAAAUCGAGUCCUUCCUCGCAGUUGCUCCUCCAGCCCAAAGUAGAGCCUUUAACUCAGCACGAGAUGAAGACACAACUGGAGCAGGACAGCAUCAUCGAAGCUCUCCUGCCUCUGAGUAUGGAAGCCAAGAUCAAGCAAGAGGUCACAGAAGGAGACCUCAAAGCCAUCAUUGCAGGGGCAGCGAACAAGAAAGCCCCAACCAUGAGGAAGGUUUUGUACCCCUGCCGUUUCUGUGACCAGGUGUUUGCCUUCUCUGGUGUCCUCAGAGCUCAUAUCCGUUCUCACUUGGGUAUUUCCCCAUACCAGUGUAACAUCUGUGACUACAUUGCAGCUGACAAGGCAGCGCUUAUCCGGCACCUGCGGACGCACAGCGGGGAGAGGCCUUACAUCUGUAAAAUCUGCCACUACCCAUUCACAGUGAAAGCCAAUUGUGAGAGGCACCUGCGAAAGAAGCACCUCAAAGUGACCAGGAAGGAUAUAGAGAAGAACAUCGAAUAUGUCACUAGCAAUGCUGCAGAGAUGGUGGAUGCCUUCUGCUCCCCAGACACUGUGUGCAAGUUGUGUGGCGAGGACCUGAAGCAUUACCGGGCUCUCCGCAUUCACAUGAGGACGCACAGUGGCUGCCAGAAGAAGAAGCCAUUUGAGUGCAAGGAGUGUGGCACAGCCUUUUCGGCCAAGAGAAACUGCAUUCACCAUAUCCUCAAGCAGCACUUGCAUGUGCAAGAAAGGGAGAUUGAGAAUUACAUCUUAGCGGUGGACUGCAGUGCCCAGGAAAGCCAGACAGACCCUCCUUUAUUGGAGGAUGGCACUUACAUGGACCGCAAGCCCAUGACACCUUUCCUGGAGCCACAAAACGGCUUCUUGCUUGGGACCUCGUCUCAUGUUCCCAUCAAACUUGAACCUGCGGUCAACUUCCCGAUGGAUUUUGAGGAACCGUUGGAUUUCUCUCAGAAGAACAAAAACCUGGGUGCUGUGCAAGUGAAGCAGGAGAACCUGUUCGGCUCUUCUCCCCUGUCCCUCUACGACUGUUCCAUGGAGCCUAUUGACCUGUCCAUCCCCAAAGCCCUGAAGAAGGAUAAAAAUGAUGUCCCAUGUGAAGCCAGGAAUCAAGAGUUGGCUGCUUCUGGGAACAGUGAUAAAGCCUAUAACUGUCUGCAGUGUCCUUUGGUUUUUGGUGCCAAUGGGAACUCAGAGAAAAACAGGGGUGUCAGACAUCCCCAGCCACUGAAAGGUUCAUUGCAUUUGACUGUCCCGAUCAUUUCCCCGGCUCUCCUUGGCAAUUCUACCUUGCUGAGACCCUUGAGGCCUAAACCACCACCGCCACCUCUCUUGCCAAAGCCUCCAGUAACUAAAGAGCUGCCACCGUUGGCUUCCAUUGCACAGAUCAUUUCAUCUGUGUCUUCGGCUCCUGCUUUGCUGAAAACAGAGGCUGCAGAUGCCAGUUCCCAGGCAGUGAGCAGCUCCACUGGGUGUGACAAAUCAGGGAACGCCAAAGCAAAAGUGACAAUCAUGACCACCAUUCAGAGAGACUCCAGCCUACCUAAUGACCUGACUCAGGCGUGUGAUCCAGAGCAGGCUCCUGUUGCUGAUGCUGGGUUGACUAAAAAAAGAGGUAGAAAGAAAGGAACAAAAAAUAAGCCUAAACUUAGCAGUAGUGUGGAUCUGGAGUCAAGUGGGGAGUUUGCCAGUAUAGAGAAGAUGCUGGCUACCACAGACACUAAUAAAUUUAGCCCGUUUCUGCAGUCCACUGACAAUUUCAAGGAAGAAAGCGGCAAAAAUGGAACAAGUGAGGAUGAGAAGGAAACUGCUGAAGAUAAGCUGCUGAGAGGGAAGAGGAACGCUUACUCAGACUGCCCGCAAAAUAUCCCUUGUCCUUACUGUCCUCAAGUCUUUCCAUGGGUACAUUCCCUGCAGCGGCACAUGCUCACUCACACAGGUAAGAGAGCCUUGUGCUCACGGUGGAUCGUAGCCCCUGAGGAUCUUCCUCAUGGAAGGGCCACCCCAUGGAGGAAUCUUCCUUUCCUGUCCUCUCUCUGA